CAGCCUGCUAAGAACUCGGAAACCCUAAUAUACAAGAACAAAAGCACUUCUCCUACUCACUGUCGUCUCUCAUCUCCAUAGCCUACCUGCCGAUUGUUACCCGUCUCCGUCGAUAACACCAUGGCGCCAAAGAAGGAUAAGGUUCCACCGCCGUCGUCAAAGCCGGCUAAAUCCGGAGGUGGAAAACAGAAGAAGAAGAAGUGGAGCAAGGGAAAGCAAAAGGAGAAGGUGAACAACAUGGUGUUGUUUGAUCAGGCUACUUACGACAAGCUUCUCACUGAGGCUCCCAAGUUCAAGCUCAUCACCCCUUCCAUUCUCUCCGACCGUAUGAGGAUCAACGGGUCUCUUGCAAGGAAGGCAAUAAGGGAGCUAAUGGCUAAAGGUGUGAUCAGGAUGGUCGCUGCUCACUCGAGCCAGCAGAUCUACACUCGUGCCACCAACACCUAAACAAAACAGAUCGACCUUUGUCAAUGUUUUGCUUCUCCAGUCUAAUCUCUUUUGAUGUAUACGUUACUCAUCAGAGCUCUUAUAGUUCUUUUAUGUUUGAACUCCUUCGUACUCGAGAAACUCUUUAGAAGGCUGUUUUGAGAUAUUAUGUUUACUUAAUAUUCCGAAUUGAUUUUUAUA